GGGCGGCGAUGGCGUCGUGGCCGUUCCCCGGCGGCCGACGUGGUUCUCCAUCCAUGGCGGGGCCGGCGGAGCUGCUCGUCGCGGCUCUGCUGGCGCUCUGCGCGCCCCACUGCUGCCUGGGGAACCCGGACGCGAAGAGGCUCUACGACGACCUCAUGAGCAGCUACAACCGGCUCAUCCGACCCGUGAGCAACAACUCGGACCGGCUCACCGUGCGCAUGGGGCUCAAGCUCUCCCAACUCAUCGAUGUGAACCUAAAGAACCAGAUUAUGACAACCAACGUAUGGGUCAACCAGGAAUGGUCGGACCACAAGCUCAAGUGGGAUCCGCAGGAGUACGGCGGAGUCACUGAACUAUACGUACCUGCAGAACAAAUCUGGCUCCCUGACAUUGUUCUCUACAACAAUGCUGACGGCAACUACGAGGUGACCAUCAUGACGAAAGCCAUAAUUCACGAGGACGGUCGGGUGGUGUGGAACCCGCCGGCCAUUUACAAGAGCUUCUGCCAGAUCGACGUGCAGUACUUCCCGUUCGACAAGCAGGACUGCUUCAUGAAGUUCGGAUCCUGGACGUACGAUGGAUUCCAGGUGGACCUGAAGCACGUGAGCGAGAUUCCAGACACAAACAUCGUGCCGGUGGGCAUCGACCUGACCGAGUUUUACCUGAGCGUAGAGUGGGACAUCAUGGCCGUGCCGGCCAUGCGGCGAGAGAAGUUUUACUCGUGCUGCGAGCAGCCGUACCCGGACAUCACCUUCAACAUCACGCUACGACGCAAAACGCUCUUCUACACCGUCAACCUCAUCAUCCCCUGCGUCGGCAUCUCCUGCCUAUCCGUCCUGGUCUUCUACCUGCCUUCAGAUUCCGGCGAAAAGGUGUCGCUGUCGAUCUCGAUCAUGCUGUCGCUGACGUUCUUCUUCUUGGUGCUGGCCGAGAUCAUCCCGCCCACGUCGCUGGCCAUGCCGCUACUCGGCAAGUACCUCGUGUUCACCAUGAUACUGGUCACCGUCUCGGUACUUGUGACCAUUGCCGUGCUCAACGUGCACUUCCGGUCGCCGUCGACUCACCGCAUGGCGCCAUGGGUGCGCCGACUCUUCGUGCACCUCAUGCCGCGGCUGCUGCUCAUGCGACCGCCGCAGUACCGCAUAGAAGUGGACGAAGCUUCCUCGUCAUCGGCCAAGUCGGCGCACCAAGGCAACGCGCACGUGGACGAUUCUAUGAUCAUGCCGGAGCCGCUGCUACUGGCACGGCCACAAGGGCUGCGCCAAGCAGACCCCGUGGUUGGAGACCAGCCGCCUGGCGACAUCGAACGAGCAAUCCACAAUGCCAUGUUCAUCGCUCAGCACAUUGAUAACAAUGACGACUUCGAAAGUAUCCGUGAGGAUUGGAAGUACGUUGCCAUGGUCCUGGAUCGGCUCUUUCUUUGGCUCUUCACAAUUGCAUGUGUUGUUGGUACGGCAGGAAUUUUUCUCCAGGCUCCUUCGCUCUACGACCAGACCGAUCCCAUUGAUGUAAAGUUCUCGCAAGUAGCUCGCCGAAUGAAGAAGGACUAUCCCUGGACAGAUGUCUGAAUAUAGCCCGUGCAAAGACAACUGGUUGGACAGCUCACAACGGGACGCAUGAAGCCCUUUAUAAGACCACUCACGUUGCAUCACCGUCUUUACAUACUUAUAGCAUCAACAUGUGACCAACAAAGGCUACGACACUGUCAAGACUGGCAAAUUACUUCCCAUGUCAACUUGACAAGUUCCUUGACUGUCCAAAGCAGGAGACUGCGAAGAUGUCCGACUGUACCUGCUAACAUAUAGUUUUAAGUGAGGAUAAAAACUGACAAAAGCUACAACAAAAGAA